UCGUGAAAUCCGCGCGAGCUCGACUUGGCGUUCCGCUCCGCGACCGUUUUACAGUCGCGCGCCGAUCGCCGUCGCGGUAGAUUCUCGCACGUGAUCGCUCAGACAUCGUGCGGCAUCGCCACGUGCAUUUAAUCCCGCUUGCGAAAGCUUCCGCGAAUUCCGUUCGCUCGUACGUUCCCUCAAGCGUACAGCAUGGAUCUUCCGACCGCGGACGCGUCGCAACCCAAGGCUAUAAGAAUGGCAGGAUCACCGGAGAGCGGAAGCGGCACGGAGGCGUACGACGAGACGUACUUCAGCGUCCUGGACGUCCUGUUGGUCGUUGGUCUCUUCGUAGCGGCAGCAUGGUGGCUCCUGAGAAGGAGAAAGCGAGACGCACUCACGCCAGCGACAAAGUCCUACUCCAUUCAAUCGACGUCCAGCGCCUCGAUACCACCAUCGGAGAAUUCUUUUAUCAAGAAGCUGAAAACCUCCGGGCGAAGUCUGGUGGUGUUCUACGGCAGCCAGACGGGUACUGCCGAAGAAUUCGCGGGUCGUCUCGCCAAGGAGGGCAUUAGAUACAAGAUGAAGGGCAUGGUGGCCGAUCCCGAGGAGUGCGAUAUGGAGGAGCUAGUACAUCUGAAGACUAUUCCAAACAGUUUGGCGGUGUUUUGCUUGGCCACGUACGGAGAGGGCGAUCCCACCGACAACGCGAUGGAAUUCAUUGAUUGGCUCAAGAACGGCGACGGUGAUCUCACAGGAUUAAACUACGCGGUAUUCGGGCUGGGUAAUAAGACCUAUGAGCACUACAAUGAGAUUGGCAUAUACGUGGAUCACAGAAUGGAACAAUUGGGUGCUACGCGCGUUUUCGAGCUGGGUCUCGGGGAUGAUGACGCAAACAUAGAGGAUGAUUUCAUCACGUGGAAAGAUAAAUUUUGGCCGGCCGUCUGUGAGUUCUUUGGCAUCGAGGGAGCCGGCGAAGAUGUCAGCAUUCGACAAUACAAGCUCACGGAGCACGUGGAUCUGCCGACCGAUCGCGUCUACACCGGAGAGAUCGCGCGUCUUCAUUCCUUCGCAAAUCAGAGACCGCCGUAUGAUGCGAAGAACCCAUUCUUGGCUCCUGUGAAAGUGAAUCGCGAGCUGCACGGUCCCACAUCCGACAGAUCGUGCAUGCACAUCGAGUUCGACAUCGAAGGCUCCAAGAUGCGUUACGAGACAGGCGAUCAUUUGGCCGUUUAUCCCGUGAACAAUGCGGAGCUGGUGAACAAAAUUGGCGAGCAAUGCGGCGUGAAUUUGGAUACUAUUUUCACCCUUACGAAUACAGAUGAGGAAUCCACGAAGAAACAUCCGUUCCCUUGCCCUUGCAGCUACAGAACUGCAUUGACACAUUACCUAGACAUUACGAGUAAUCCGCGCACGCACGUUCUCAAGGAGUUAGCAGAAUAUACGAGCGACCCCGCGGAAAAGGAGAAGCUAAAGCUGAUGGCGUCGACCAGCGCGGAAGGCAAAGCGGCCUAUCAGCAAUGGAUAAAUCAAGAGAACCGCAACAUUGUGCACAUUUUGGAGGAUAUUUCCAGCUUGAAGCCACCAUUAGAUCAUUUGUGCGAGAUCUUGCCACGGUUACAGUGUCGAUAUUACUCGAUAUCUUCGUCUCCAAAGCUCCAUCCAACCUCGGUCCAUAUCACGGCGGUGGUGGUAGAGUACAAAACUCCGACCGGCAGGAUAAACAAGGGUGUAACCACCAAUUGGUUGAAGGAGAAACAUCCCUCCGAUCCACCCUGCCUCGUCCCGAUUUUCGUAAGAAAGUCUCAGUUUCGUUUGCCGACGCGCCCGAGUACCCCCAUCAUCAUGGUUGGUCCAGGAACUGGUCUAGCGCCGUUCAGAGGUUUCAUACAGGAACGGGACUUUGCGAGAAAGGAAGGUAAAGAGACGGGUGACACGAUACUGUACUUUGGAUGCAGAAAAAGCCAAGAGGACUAUCUCUAUCGUGAAGAAUUAGAGGAAUACGUGAAGAACGGCACCCUAACGUUGCACACCGCGUUCAGCCGCGAGCAACAGCACAAAGUCUACGUCACGCAUUUGCUCGAGAAGAACAAAGAGGAAUUGUGGCGUGUCAUUGGUGAACAAAACGGACAUAUUUAUGUUUGCGGGGAUGCGAGAAACAUGGCACGCGACGUGCACAAUAUAUUACUCAAAGUGGUGAUGGAACGUGGCAACAUGUCGGAACUUGACGCCGCAAAUUACAUCAAGAAGAUGGAGUCGCAGAAGCGAUAUUCCAGUGAUGUUUGGAGUUGAGUCAAUAUUAAUUGUAUCAUAGAGAAAUAUACAGAAGCAUUUUUUUUAAUGCGAGGGUCCAAGCUUGAUUCAUUCAAGCGACGGGACAAUCAUUAGUAACGACAUUCAGUCAAUUAAACCUUUCAUUCGCUCUUUCUUCAUUCCGUGGUUUUUAUCCGGUGAGUUUCAUCAUGUCCUGCCGUAUAGAAUAACUGUAGUUGAAUUAUUGUUCAUAGCCAGAGCCGACGUUACGUAUAGAGAGUUCUUAAAUUUUACGUAAAGUAUUUAAUUGUAUCUGACUUAUUUUUCAUAUUCGUCUUUAUAGAUAACAAAAUACAUUAUUUAAAUGCUUCGGAAAUUAGUUUAUAUAUUUGUACAUAAUAUCGGUUUUCGAUGAAAAACUGACUUCAAAGUUAUUGAAAAAGAAUGUAAAAGGCAACCUAGGGGGUUAUUUGUACCCGUACUUCUAUCAAUUUCAUUUGUGUGUGUGCUAUACACAAUAUAAGUAAAUAUAUGGCAAUUACAUACUAUCUCGUAUCUUGGACGUUCGUUAAACUUUCAUUGUCAGGAAUCUUCCACUUGUACAUCCUUGGUCGAGUUUUUGCUGUGUUUAUUCGUACGUAACGUUCUUACAUCUGCCUGGUCAAUAAUUAAACUAAUGAAAUAAUCAUAAGAUUAUUUCACGAAUAAUUUUAUACUCACAAUAAUCUUUAUCAAAUGUAAGAUUACUUAAACGGACCUUCUAUACAUUUUAGAUUCCACGAACAACAAGACGAGAUAAACUAACUCGUUUCUGCUCACGCUUGAAUAUUUUAGUGCUUUUUUAGACAUGUCAAUGAAAUAUCGGCUCUGGCUCACCAUCAUAUACCAAGUUACUAUUCAUCACGCAAAUUGUACAAACAGUUUCAUUAAAAUUCGGCUGUUUUUUCAUUAUUAUCCGCGAUCUUCGCGAUCGCGAUGCGCCAAUCUAGUUAAUUAAGUCUCACGUCAAAUAUAAUAGGCGAAUAUAUACAACGGAUAUAAUUUCUCUUUGCAAGCUCAGUAUAUAGUCAAUGUGAAUGAUUGUUAUUGUGCAAGAGGACUUUGUACAAUUGUUAAGUUUUACGCACAAGGCAUAUUUAAACCUGAAGCUGUGUCUUGUUCUCAGUAGUAAUUACAUUAAAAAAAAAUUGUAUAAUUAUAUAAAGUAUACAAUCCCUAGAAGUUAUUGGUCCGUAUCAAUUGGUGAUAUUAGUCAGUAUGCAAGUAGUGACAUUUUUUUUAAAGAGAUAUUUGGAGCAGAUUUAUUUCAGUGUUUAAAAUAACGCUUUACGCUAAGUUCGUGCACGUAAACCAAAGCGAUCUGUAGUGAAAUUUGAGGCUAAGAAAGUUACUAGUGAAUAUAAAUUCAAAUUCAAUCCAUUAUUGUUUACUCCGUCGCGGCAUGCGGAAUACGAAUCGAAAUAGGUAUCGUGCGCGCGCGCGCGCAUUGGUUUCAAUCAACGUUAAAAAUGUUAACUUAGAGGUUUCCUGUCUCUACUUGAAGAUUAUCGUUCAAUUAUUGAUAUUAUUGAUGCGGUAAUACAAUUGUAAACAAAUUAGGUGAACAAUUGUGAAUAGCACGAUCGCUGUUUAUUCGCGCAGCGUUUUUAAUCUAGCUAGAGAUAUCGAGGUAUGUGCGAAGCUACGUCUCUCAUGGCGAUUGUAUAAUGAAUUUAUAAUUAAUUAUAUUUUUACACGAUGCAUACAGGGAUGGUGAAUAAAAAUCAAGUCGAUUGACAUGUAUAACGCAA